ACUCUCCCUCCCACUCCACCGAGGACAUGCAGGUCCUUGGACUCCUCCACCGGCAGAACACAACAACACGACGGCUGGAGGAGGAGCGCCUCAUCUUCCGCCUGGGAACCUUCCAACCACAAGAUUUGUGAUUUCAAGAUCCCAUUUACAGUUGAAAUGGCUGAGCAUAGGACAUUUGGUGCAAAGUGAACAAGAAUGGUUGAUUGUGGACCUUCAUUCACCAUCCGUUUAUACCAAGCAGGCGAUUACCAAAAUGUCAGAAGAAUUGUUGCCAGUGGGACAAUGGAGUUGGUGGUGGUGGCAUUCAAACAGGCCAUUCGUUCACUGUCUAAUGUCUGCCUGCUUUUUGCCAGUGGUCAGCUGGUUUAUGUCCUCACUGGCUCACUGGCAUGCACUAGUUUGAUGUGCUUUGUACUCCUGACUUUCAUGUACCUGGCGUGCAGACAGGUCUAUGCCAGCUACCUUAGGGAGAGGAUGGAAACAGAUAUGGCAGAUAUAGAGGGACAUUACCUGAAACCACCUGGAGCUGGCUUCUGGGUAGCAGUGGAGGAACAGGGCAACAGAGUGGUCGGUACAGUGGGAGUUAAGAUGGAGCCUGGGUAUCCAUACUCUUGCCAGCUGUUCCGACUUUUUGUAGAUCAGCGUUUCCGUCGGCACGGACUAGGCAGGAGGCUGACCCAAAAGGUCCUGGAUUUUGCUAAGGGCUAUGGUUACAGAGUCUGCCUCUUGAAGACCACUAGUGUCCAAGAACCAGCCAUUCAUAUGUACCAGAAAAUGGGCUUUCAUAUUCAAAGUUCCAGCCCUGUACCAGGUCCUGCACUUCUGACCUUGAUAUCCAAAAUUUCAGGGUAUGAUUUGGAAAAGAAUCUGUGAUUGGCAUCCUUGAAUCAGUUGAACUGGCAUCCAUCUCUAUCCAUCAACACAGCUCAAUACAUAAUAAGUAAGGCAUUUAGGAGCACACGGAUAUUAUUUAACUCAUCAAGCCCAUGUUAUCAUUCAGUGUGAUAAUGGUUGAUUCUCUAUCACAAUGCCAUACUCCACUAUCUCCCUAUGCCUCUUGACAUCUUUAGUCUCCAAUAAUCUCUUUUUUAAAAAUAUAUCCAAUUACACAGGCACCUGUGGUAGAAAAUUCCACAAAUUCACCAGCCUUAGAGUGGAAAAAUAUGCCUCUCAUCUCAGUUCAAAAUGGCCUAUCCUUUGUCCUGAGACAAUUCUGGACCAUCACAUCCACUUCCCCUCCUCACCUCAUGCCAAGGAGAAUGUCCCCACAUCUAUUAAACCUGAUCAAAGAUCUUACACAUUUCAAUAAGAUUCCCUGUCAUUCAUCUAAGCUUCUGUGGGUACAGACACAGUUGAGCCAAUCUAUUCUCAUACAAAAAACUGAUCUCCCAGAAAUCAAUCUGGUGGACAUUCACCAUGAUACCUCUAUGGAAAGUAUAUAGUUUAAAGUCUGGUUGAAGAUUUGUAGCUCGGGUGUCCGUUGUUGUAGUUCUGUUCGCCGAGCUGGAAGUUUUUGCUGCAAACGUUUCGUUCCCUGGCUAGGGAACAUCGUCAGUGCUAUUGGAGCCUCCUGUGAAGCGCUGCUUUGAUGUUUCUUCCGGUAUUUAUAGUGGUUUGUUCUUGCCGCUUCCGGGUGUCAGUUUCAGCUGUAGUAGUUUGUAUGUGGGGUCCAGGUCGAUGUGUCUGUUGAUGGAUGUUCUUGAUAAUGCAUUGAUUAUUUUGGUUGUGUAAUUGUUGUUAUAAUAGAGAGCAAAGUGACAUUAGUGUCCCACAAACAGAAGUGUGAUAUUGAUCAAAUCCAUUUUUCCAGCAAUAUUGAUUUGGUCGAGCACCAGGAGUAACUGCCCUACGUUCCUUCAGUUAAUGUCAUGAGUUCUCUUACAUCCACCUGAGAAAUCAUUGAGGGCCUCAUCUCAUGAUUGGGAUCACUUCCAUUUCCUACGACAGUUAUGCUUGUUGGACAAGCUUCAAUUUGCAUUAAAUUAUAGGCUGUUUUACACCCUCCUGUAAACAAGCAUCGAUGAACUAAUUUCACAUCUGAAUAUCAGAACCAGCAGAGAGAUAGUUAUUCAUGUACAUUUUAGUUGCCAAAGGUGAAAGAUCUACUUGCUAAGCUGGUGCAAAGUUUUUGUAAGAUUUUAUCUAACUAUAUAUAAUGUUUUCAAAUCAUCAGUUACAUUCAAACCUCCAAAGUGAAUUACAAAAUAAGAGUUUUUUCUUUUCUGAACUGAACUAUAAAUUUAAUUAUUUUUAUUAAUUUUCAUUAAUUAGCACUUCUUUGUUUAGUGGAAGUUAAAUGCACAAUUGUGUAGACAAUGCAAAGUGUGUUCCAAUAAUGCUCGAGCUGGAUGUCAAAUUCAGUGAAUUACUAUGGCUGCUUUGUAUUAAGCAUACAAUUGUGCCAUGCACACUGAGCACCAUCAAAUCUCUCAUGAACUACAGUUCAUGGUGGAUAGAUUUGUUCAAAUGAUCCUCACUCAAAUCAGUUGGAAGAAGUUAAACAAAAAUCAGGCACCUGAACUUUUAUAAAACUUCUUCCAGGAGUUUUGUUUAAAGUCAUUGGUGUGGUAUUAAAGAAUAUCAAGGCCUAUUAGCAAAUAUUUGAGUUUGAGUUAAAAUAAAGCACACAUUUAGUCUCCAA